AUGACGGCGAGCAAAGCUUUACAAAGUCUAAGUCUGAAGGUGAUGGUGGAAAUAGAGAAAAAUCAAUUUGUUUUUGCUGAGUCCAAGAAGGAUUUUGUUGAUGUUCUCUUCAGCUUCAUGACUAUGACUAUAGGAAACAUUCUGAGACUUGCCUGCGAACACUCACUAGAAGCGGACCUUGGUUGUUUGAACAACUUAUAUGAAAGUGUUGAGAAUCUUGACAAGGAACAUCUACAAAGCAUGAAGUGCAAGGACUUGCUGCUUCGUCCUCGAAGUGCAGCUGAAAUUUACUGCAGGAACCUGAAACUGAAUUUUGUUAAUGGUGUUACUAAUGAGUACUAUAUGUGCUCUGAAUGUCACUGUUUUUGUCCUUACUACAAUGCUCAAUGCUUGAGGAUACCAAAACGACCUGGGUUUGGAGUGAUCCACAUUGCAUAG